AUGGUUUCGUUCUCCGUCUCGGUAUUCAGGUGCGCGCUGGCAGCAUCGUCGGUCGCUUGGACAUCUGCACAAACGUUCCAACGCCUCGGAGCAUGUCCCACUCUAGGUUGCGUUCUUCCCCCCGAUCAGACUGAUUUCCUGGCUGGGCAGUACUUUGAUAUCCGUGUCGAGGUUCACGCGCCUGUCAAUGGAUCAGAAGCGAACGGAGGCAUCCCAGACCCAGACUUCAGCUUGACGAUUGCCAAAGCUGGCGGACCAGCAAAAGCUGUGACCAGCUUCUUCGACAUCGCCGAGCCGGCUCUGGAGCGGUGGAACUUCACCUGGUAUGAGGACUUGUUUGCUCUAGACGCCAAGACUCCCUCUUUGGUUCGCGUUACCUCCAAGGCUUACCGACGAGUUGCUCUCUACGAGCCUGGAGAAUAUGUGGUAACUCUCGACUACUACAAUGGCACCCAGACUAUCGCCAAUUGGCUCGUCCGCCCUCUCCAGGAGCAGAAGCGGGCCAAGAAUGUCAUUCUCUUCAUUGGUGACGGGAUGACUACGAACAUGAUCACUGCUGCUCGAUUGAUCGGCCACAAGAGUAUCAACGGAAAAUACCAGUCCACUAUGCAGAUGGACAAGUUCCCCGUGCUGGGACAUCAGAUGACCCAUUCCUUGGACAGCUACAUAACCGAUUCCGCCAACUCUGCCUCGGCUCUCUACUCUGGCCACAAGUCUAGUGUGAACGCCCUGGGAGUCUACGGGGACUCCAGCGCUGAUCCGUUCGAUGACCCCAAGGUCGAGACAAUUGUUGAGCUGCUCAGUCGCAUUUGGGGAAGUGCCAUUGGCGUUGUCAGCACAGCUUUCCUUGCUGAUGCUACCCCAACUGCCCUCACGGGACAUAGCAGGACGCGUUCCGAGUACGGUUCUUUGAUCGAACAAUCUCUUCGCGGAGUGCGGAACUACACUUGGACCAAAUACACUGGAGCUGAUGUGUUCUUUGGUGCCGGUGCCGGUCAAUUUAUUGCUGGAAGCGGUUCUUACCAGGGCAAAGACUACUAUGAGGAGUUCAAGAGCGAGGGAUAUGCAGUUUCCAUGAACAAGACUAGCCUCGAAGCCCUGGGAAACGACACCAAAGCUCUGGGCGUCUUCAGCACUAACAAUCUGCCAGUCUGGUUGGAUCGAAACGUCUACACUGCCAACUUGAAGAAGAACACCAACGACCCAUCUGGCAACAAGGAGCCAGCUCUUGAUCUACCCGGGCUCAAAGACAUGACGCUCAAGGCUAUCGACAUCCUCCACAAGCGAGGUGGCGACAAGGGGUUCUUCAUGAUGUCCGAGGCGGCCUCGAUCGACAAGCAGAUGCACGCUCUGGACUACGAUCGUGCCCUCGGCGAUCUCUUGGAGCUGGAUGACACCGUCAAGGCCACGAUCGAGAAGCUGAAAGCUCUCGGCGAACUCGAGAAUACCUUGGUAAUUGUCACUGCCGACCACGGCCACGGCUUCGACGUUUUCGGCUCCGCCGAUACGACGUACCUCAGCUCCAAGGAGAGCGACCGCGAGAAGCGCAAAGCUAUUGGUACCUACCAACGCUCGGGACUCUCCCAGUACACCGUCACGAACGCCAGCGUCUCCUACAACUCCGGCGUCAACUUCCCCGUCAACUGGGAACCGCGAUACACGCUGGCUCACGGCCCUGCCGCUCACCCCGAUAUCCGGGAGAACUACAAGGUCCACAAGGACGGGCCUCGACAGGCAGCCUCCACCCUCGACGGAAUGCCCGAUGACUACUACGUCAACCCGACUGACAACCCCGACGGAUUUGUCGUUAACGGGACCAUCAGCACAAUCGAAGAGCAGGGCGUCCACUCCCUGACCGACGUCCCCGUAUUCGCCAUGGGCCCCUGCCAAGAGCUCUUCGGCGGCGUGUACGGCAACAUCGACAUCUUCUUCAACAUGGCCUCCUGCCUGGGUCUGGCCCGCGGAAGCGCUGAAAGCCCUGGUACCGGGUACUACCAAUACAAGCCCCUCCCUACGUAA